AUGGCGUCGGGAUUCGCUGGCUCGUUCUGGUCGAGCGACUACGCGGGCGGGCUGGGAGUUCUUUUCGGGAAGCUGCAGCAGGGCGUGCAGGAGAACCAGCAGAUCCUCACCAUCGCGCGCCUGCGCGCCGAUGCCGAAGAGGUGUACGGUAACAGCCUGGCCAGCAUCACACCCUCGACCGAGCGCGUGAGCGGCGGCUUCAGCAGAGAUGAAGGCGCGAGCGUGCGCAAGGCAUACGAGGGCGUACGAACUGAGAUGGAGGCGGCCGCCGCGAACCACCGCAAGAUUGGCUCCAACAUUCGCGAGCUUGUCGUGAAUCCUUUCGGUCGCUGGUGCGAAGCGCACGCCGCCCGCGUGCAGAAUUCGCAGGAUGACCUCCAGUCGCGCAUCAAGCUGCACGACCGGCAAGCUGAGGCUGUGCGCAAGUUCCGGUCGCAGUAUUACAACAAGUGCAGGCUGGUGGAAGACCUUGAAGAGGAGGACAAGCUGGCGUUCCAGGAUCCGCAAAGCGAGGCUGCCCAGAGCCCCAAAAUGAAGGUGCCUACCAUCAAGAUGUCCGAGCCGGAGGAUGACGAGGAAGAACCCAUCGACCUCGGCGAUGAGACGUAUCAGCCAGAUCAGAUUAAAAAGAUCCUGUCCCACAUGCUGGACCAUAUCAAGCUUAGCGAGGUCAAGGUUCCCAUCCUGGGUACCUACCAAAACUGCUCCAACGGCGCCGAUAUCACCGAUUACAUCCAGAAACACAUGGCGGCCAGCAGCGUGAGCUACGCCGAGCGCAUCGGUCAGGAUCUGGUCAACAAUGGCUUCCUCCGACUUGUGGGUAAUGUCGGCAAUACUUUCGCGAACAGCUCCAGGAUGAGCUACCAGUGGAAGCCCAGGGUUUUCCAAAUCACGGGGGUGCCUGAGAAGAAGCAGCCAUUGGCUCGCGCAGGGACCAACAUGUCUACUGAUAGUUUCACUGUGGACUCCCCAGUGGGCUCCGUUCAAGAGUAUCUUUCUGGCUGGAACCCGCUUAAUAAUCAGUACCCAAACGAGACUCCCUCGGAGAGGCUUCGUCGAGAAGCUCGUGAAGCUGACGAUCGCUACAAGCAGUCAGUGAAAAAGCUUGAUUCUCUGCGGUGCAACCUCGAAGAAGCUAUGAUCGAUCAUCUGAAGUUCAUGGAGCGGUGCGAAUUGGACAGAUUGAAGGCGAUCAAGGCAGUCAUUCUAGAUUUUUCUGGUGCGGUCAGCAACGUUAUUCCGAGCUUGCAGAGCACUGUCGACAAGAUGAUGCUAUUUCAGGAGACCGUACAGCCCUUGGGUGAUUUGAGAUAUAUGUUGGAGAACUACAGGACUGGUCCUUUUGUUCCCAGAGUUACGACUUACGAAAACUACUACAACUCUGUUGAUGAGCAAACGUUUGGUGUAGACUUAGAGGCACGGGCACGGUCGGAUCGAAAGCGUGUGCCCAUCCUCGUGACGACUGUACUCACUUUCCUGGACAACCAUUACCCCGACCUUGAGGGUGAUGAGGCUCGCCGUGGUAUCUGGCUCGUGGACGUCCCUCUCGCCCAAACGCAUAACCUUCGAGCCUCCAUUAACACCGGCAAAACUUUCCCUCAAGAGGUUUUGGAGAAGUAUGAUAUACCCAUUGUCGCUAAUGUCUUGAAAUUAUACCUGCUUGAAUUGCCUGACUCUCUCGUCUCAUCUCAUGUCUACGAGAUUGUGAAGACAAUAUACAGCACAACAGCUGCGGAAACAUCGGAAGAAACUCGAAUCAACGUAAUCCAGUCGACACUCGGUCAAUUGCGUCUUGCCAACAUUGCUACUCUCGAUGCUAUUUGCACUCACUUCACGCGUCUUAUCGAGCUGACAUCGGCUGACGAGACCUACGUUACCGCCCUGGCGAAUACACUCGCCCCCUGCAUCCUACGGCCGCGCCAAGAGUCUAGUCUGACUAUGAAUGAGCGUUACAGCUACCGCCUCAUCCGCGACCUCUUCGCCCACAAGGAUGCCAUCUUUGGAGAGUUGAAGCGCGCAAGUUCUCUGACCCAUUCGUCCUCAGGUGCCCAGCGUCCCCGUGCCAUCUCUACCGAUGAGAGCAACAGGCGUGCCAACUACGAGGAACGUAACCGCGCCAUCGCCGCCCAGCGCUCGCCCAGGGCGACAUCACCUGCUCCCGGACAUCGUGGAGGAUCUCACCGCCGCGAUCGCAGUCAGACCAGGUUCCCUGUCAAUACGUCCUCGCCGACCGAGACCCGCCGUGGGACGCGGAACUCGCUCGAGGUUCCCGGAAGCCUUGACAGCAGCCCCACCGCCGAACCGAGCGAUACCAACGGCACAACGGAGGCCGCUCCAGCUGCACCCGCGGAGCAUCCCGCCCCUUCAAGCACCCGCGUGCCCCUCCCUAGGAAGCAUGCUGGCAGUUUGGCAAGGAGCAACAGGGACUCCACGGGCAGUUUGAGAGCAAUCGCAAGCGAGGACGCUGCGCCCAGAGGAGUACAGCUAGAGGACAAGCCGAUGGAUGACUAG